UAAUCAAUAUUUGAAUACGAGAACGACAUUAUCAUGGCUUCCUAACUCCAACUGCCCAAAAAGAGGAAGAAGGAAAGUCUGCAGUCGUUGUUUUUUCCACACAAAGCCAUGUCAUAUAGAACAUGCAGAAAUGAUCAAAAGAACAGAGUGCUUUGCAUACUGGCUUCUAGCAGUAGCUUUCCUACGAGUGUAUUCCUGUACAUUAACAGAAUUCCAGGAAUUUAAGAGUGCCUUUGUUGGCCACUUGUUUAGUGACUCAGUUCAUUAUGGCAACAAAUUUGGUUGCAAUGCUUCAAGGAUACAUGUGUCAGAAACUGUUACACGCAAAUUGCCACCAUGGUUGAUCUGGGAAGAAGAAGAAGGAAUAGUGCAAGGUAUUCCACAAGAGUCGGAUCUGGAUACUUUCGAUCUUCUGAUUGUUGGCAUUGAGUUAAUUGAUGGUCACAGUGAACUGCUAUGUAAGCAGUUUGUGUGGACAAUCACAGUUCUUCUGGAGCCUAAAUCCUUACCUGUUGGACUCAUUUCUUAUAUCAAUAAUGAAACAGAUUUUCGAUCCGACCAAAGAAACCUCAACUUUUCUAAAUGUUUUUCAGAAUCUAGGCUGACCAUUCUAACAUUAAGUUUCGCUGUGAAUUCAACGGUAUUAUCAAAGUCGUUUAUCAGACUUCUUAAGUCUAUGAACAGUUCUGUUUCUCUACCAACUGGUUUAAUACAAAUUGUCGAGAGUUCAAGCUCUAUUGCCUUCUUCAAACAAUUGCAUAAACUGAGAAUUCUGCGAUUCGAACGAUUGGGUGACUUUUUUUCACACAGAAAAGAAUUUCAUGUAUCAUGGCCUUUAGGGUGCGAAAGAACCAAUUUCGAAUCGUUUGAUGCUCAUGAAAUUCAUAAACGCAGUUUAUCCACAAUAUCUGGAUUACGUUUGAAUAGCUGGCAUGUUACGUCUGGAGAACUGGAUUCUAACCUUCUCAUCCGUAAGAGACGAGGUGUUUUUUUCGGAUCGAUUACUGCUCUUGAAGGAACACCUGCUGUGACCUCAGUCCUGCCAUCCCACUUCCUAAGCUCAGCGGUUUACACAUCAGUUGGAUCGGCUUCCAAUACCAAUCGUUUUACAUCAGCAACGACUAAAAUUAUUGAACCGUCUUUUGUUACUUCCAAAACAAAUUCGUAUUUAUCUGCAGCUGGAACAAUAUCUGAUAGUUUGAUAUAUGCCACAGCCUCUUUGGGGGUUUUGUCAUCCACUCCAGUAUCACAGCGUUCAGAUAUUUCCAGCAGGAGAUUAUUAUCAGAAACAGCAAGCAAACAAAAUUCUGCAUCAGUUGUGCUUACCAAUCCCACGGCAAGUUUAAAACAGUCUACAGUGCAACCUACGAGUAUUCUGCUGUCGUCUCAAGUGGUUCUCCAGUCAUCACCUGGAAUAAGAUCAGCAACUACGUUUGUGAUUGACGGUUCUACUUGCACACACGCCUCUUGUUUCGAAACGUCACAUAUUUUGCCAUCAGUUUCUUCAUACGUUUUUCAGAGCAGUUAUGAUUCGCCAGUUACUGAAAAGUCUUCAAUUAUUCCAAAAGGCUCCGCCAUAUUGGGAAGUUCGUUAAAAUCAAGAAUUUCUGAAAUUUCGUCUGUAUAUGUAAAUCCUGCUUAUUCAUCUCUUGCAACCAAAAUAUCUUCAAGAAUCGAAAGAACGCGAGUCAGCUCUACUUUACUUUCCACACAGCAUACAGGAAGUUACGCAUACUCGAGUUCUUUGCCUUCCAACCUGGUUGCCAGCAUUUCCAAUUCAAUGCAAGACUUUAUUAAAACUACCCCAGUAUUAUCCCAGUCACAGCUUUCUUCCUUUUUGACAUCACAAACAGCCUUUUCAUCUAGUGGAUAUUAUAGUUUGGCUCAUUAUGUAUCACUGACAGCUUAUACAUCUAGAAGAUAUUCUAGCUUGGCUCACAAUGUUUCCAGUUCAAGGCCAAGUUCCAUAAAGGUUUCUGCAUCGUUACCAAUAUCGCACGAGCCUCCCCUGACAACAGCAUUGCCACCUUCCACUAUAAGUGUAUUUUCUAGUUUUUUACGCAGUAUAGCCAGUUCCAGAUAUAGUUUUAAGACUAGUUCUGCACCGCUGUUUCAAUCUUCCACUGUCCUGAUAUUGCCAUCAAACUCCGUGUCUAGCAGAUUUAUUACAGAUGAGAGAAUUUCAGCAAGUACUGUCCAGAUGACUCUGAUAAUGAGGUCUUCUUCGCUUCAAGUCACCAAGAGCAAUAUCUCAUCCCUUUUCUUGGACAAAAAGUCUAGCUUUUCUAGCCAUGACUCGGCAGUUUACACUUCAUCAGACUCAAUGAAAGUGCCUGUGACUUCUUUUGGCAGCUUUCGGAUUUCAGCUCCAACAACAACCGCUCCUUCUUCAAGUAUCCAUCUGUCUACCCAAGGAGUUAAACCCAGUACCACUGCCCGUCCUUCUUCGUAUGUUUUUACUUCCAAAUUGUUGCACGAAUCUUCCAAACUACCAAACAAGUUAUCAUCCCUUAUUUACGCUUCAAGCAGCUCAUUUGUGCCUUUGUUUAGCAGAAUGACACUAAUCUCAUACGGUUAUUCUUCAGCAAGCAUAAGGAGUACUUGGUAUGCUACCAGUUCUAUGCAGAGCACAACGGAAAUAUCAAAUUUACUCUCAUCAAUUGUCAUGUCCCGGAGCUCUUUAGCGUUGUUAACUUAUUCAUCACUGCUCUCAAACACUGACGUGCUACGAACUACUAUUAGCAAGCAGGCGACCUCCCUGCUCCUCAAUUCCACGAUGGGAGCUGAUAAGUCAUCUUUCUCAAGUACAACAUCAAGCAACGUGCAGGUAUCAACUGUAUCGUCACAGUUUGGCACAAGAACAUCGCAACGCCCAGCUAGCUCGUCAAUACGAGUAUUCAAGAGCAGCAGCCUACUGCCUAGCCACUUCAAUUCAGCGUCGUUUGCUGUGACCCCAUCAAUGCAUUCACUGUCAACAAGUAGCAGAAAAGUAACAAGUUCAUAUUUGGAAACCUUUCACCCAUCCUCAAGUCCAUUAUCAAGCAGUUCAAAUAAAAAAGGGACAGCAGGUAGCUCAUUAUUGUCAGAAUCGAUACGAAAAACGCCUGUCGCAACUACAAUGGCCAAGGGUAUAUCCACUAGUCAAAGUGCAUUAAGAAGCUCGUUGUCCGUAAUUGCCCAUCACAGCUCGUCUGGUUUAAGCAGGGUGUCGGUAGGUCUAUCUUCUGGCCUUGUAAAUUCUAUUAGUUCUAUAUCUUCGUUCGGGAGAGCGCAAACAAGUUUACUACCUCUUCGAACAACCCGGUCUGUUGGUUUUGUGACAUUCAGCUCAACAGUUGUGACCUCUCUUUACAACCUUACCACAUUUAAAACAGCAUUAUUAUCAUCUUCGAAUACUUUACCAUUGUCGUCAACAUUGGUAGGCCCAAUGACUAAAAUACCAGACACCGUUCCGAGAGUUGUUAAUAGUAUAGGUAGAAUUGUGGCCUACGUUGGAAGGUUGUUAAUGUACAGAAUACCGGCUGACACGUUCUAUGACAGAGAAGACGGCUGGACUAGCAACCUUACCCUGGUUUGCCGCUAUUUAGAUGGGCGGAAAAUUGACGCUUCAUUUUGGAUACAUUUUGAUAAUACCUCACAGACGCUUUCAGGGUUGCCAUUUCUGAUUGAUUACAAUAACCAAGGGUCAGUUGGUAUCGGCAUUCAAAUAGUCGCUCGAGACAGAAUGGGAAACUUUGCUACAGAUGUGUUAAACAUAUAUAUUGAGAGCCAACCAGUCGAUCUGCAGUUUACGAUUUCCCUUCGAAUACUAAGGAGCUUCAGCGAGUUUCUAGCGAAUAGCUCGUUGAAGGUGGUUUUGUUUAAUCGAGUCAUUACCUUUUACAAUGCUUCUAGAGCAAGUAGUUAUUAUGGAUCAUCUCUUGUCAAUGGAUCAGUCAUAUUUAGUUGGAGUGACACCACGAUUGCUGGAUCAGUUUGCAACAAGGCGGCAAUAGUUGCGACACUUGGAAAACUUCGCUCAUCUUCCGGCAGCACUGAUGUUGCCUUUGCGCAAUGGAUGUCUCCUGAAUUUCCCGUGCUAGGCAUAACAUUAAGCUACCUUGGUGUCUGCUAUUCAACAAGCACCCAAGUCGUAACUGCAGGACCAAGGGCCGGCACAACAUCAAACCAAGAUUUUGUAAUGUAUGUUGUGCCUGCCAUUGCAGUCGCUGCUGUUUUGGCAUUUAUAAUUGGUACUGUGAUAUUUAUCACUAGACGCCGCAGAAUGAAGCCAUCUUUCUUUGAGAAGGACACAUUCAAGCAUGGACAGCCUGUUUUGCUCCCUGAAGAGUACGAACUUGAUUGCUUCUAUGAGCCGAAUAUCACACUUCCUGAGAGUUAUAACCCAGCAGGCAAAAUUAAAAAACCGGAUGAAUUAUCAGAGACCGACAUAGACGGGAGACCUGAUAGUGAUGAUGAUAAUGACUAUAUUGACAAUCCAACCUACGGCCUCAAUGUGUUUUCAAAACCACCUCCACCAUAUCCUCGGGCAGCCUCGCGUGAAAACUCAAGACGCAGCAGCUACGAAUCGCCGUAUUCACGCCCGCCUCCAGCAUAUCAACUACCCAUGCCCUAUGUUCACCCAGACUUCAUGACGUCCGAAGUUUGAAGUUUAAGAUAACUAGGACAAAGAAAAAUUCAUCGUUUGGGGUGUGGUGUGACACAUUUAGUAAACUUUGAAUACUUUUCCGGCUACAACGCAGUAUCUUAGAACUUGUACAUUUAUAAAUAUUUAGAUACCGAAAAUUGAUUUACUUUGGAAAAUUCAAAGAUUUUUAGUAAACGAAAGCAAUGAUAUAUUUUUCAUUCACAUUUCCGAUAAUAGUGACUCAUUUGAAAAAACCUAGCCCCAAAUUACUUAGAAUGUACGUUUUGAUUUGCCACACAAGUUUAUUCUUUUGUCUUUAUCAAUUCAUUCAAAAUUUGUUUGCCAUAACUUUAUGUUAUAAUACAAUCUAAACAUUCAGGCUUUAAACAAACUGUAAGCUUGUAUCUCUUUUGGUGCACCAACGCUUCAAUUUUAUCAUGAUGUGAAGCGGUUCAUUUCAGUUAUACCUUUUCCCUUUAAUGUUUGUCAAGAUCAUCUGCCACCCAUAUUUCUAAUUUACCCCUCAAAACCUAAAAUGUUUUUCAAGAUGCCAGGGGUGUACUCGCCAUCUCUAUGUUUCUGGUAUAAAUACCUGUGAACAUUUAUUUCCUAUCUACGUUCUUUUAAUUGUUUGAUAAAUUUUUUGUAGUAAUGUGCAUAAUCUGAUAUGAGCAGCAUUUAUUGAAACUAUUGUAAAUGCUUUGAGCAACAUUCCUUGCUAAAAAAAUUAGGGCAGGUUUUAUGCUUUGCUUCUGUACACAGUGUAUAUUUCUACUCGAUUAAGAAUUGUAAAUAAUGUGUUUUACUACCAAUAGCUUUGUAGGAGUAAUUAUCUUAUAAUGAUUUGAAUCCAAUCUGUUUUCAAGGACAAAACUCUUUUGUUUGACUGCCUGAGCUUGUUUUUCACAAACAAACAUGGAAUAGGGACAUGUAGGUGAACCUAGGCUGAAAGAAGAAAGGGAUGUUGCACCACUAGUUGCAAUCAGAUAAAAAUUAGACCCAAAUAUGGAAAACUAUUCCAUCAACUAUUAGUUAAUAAACCAUUUCAUUUAGCUCUAUUUACAGUCACACUCUGUCUAUAGUCACAAGUUUUCAAGCAACAUUUUGUGCAAGUAUAACCAAGGUCUUCUGUAUCACCAAAAUGUGUUUUUUGUCGUGUUUUAGGAGAUAAAACCAUUAAUCAAUUUCCAAACAUGAUGAUUCUGAAAUGGCUAAUAAUUGGUAUUCAUAUUUUGAAUACUUAAGCAGUUUUGGAACAAGUUUUAUGUAAGGUCUGGAAAGUUCUGUGGAUAACUAUGCCACAUGUAUUUCUGAAAUGAAAAUAUCAUUAGUUGUGUUUAUAGUCAGUCAUUCCAUAUCAAUUCAUCAUAUGAUUUGACUGAUUUUCAGGCUUUCUCAGAUUUGACUGAUUUUCGGACCACAACAUGGCAAUUUCACAGUGCACAAUACCUCAAUUUUCUGAGGAUAUUUACCAAUUACCAAUAAUAACUGUUACCACCAUAGGCCUAAAUGUGGAUCUAAGAAUAACAUAUUCAAAAUUAUACACACAGUUUUCUAAUGAAUUUAAUAUUUACAAAAGUUAUCUUUGAAGAUUAAUAGCAGUGCUGUUGAUAAUUAAUACUAAAAGGAAAAGAGGGCAAAGCACUCCCUUUUUUCUUUUGUUAUGCUGCUACAAAAUCAUACAACAAAUAUAAAAAUUCAAUUUUUUGUUUGUUUCUUAAACCAUAUUGUCUAAUCUCCCUCUUGAUCCAUACACCAAGCUUAUUCAUUUGGAAACAUAAUCCAAUAUACUUGCUACAAAAAAUGGGAAUUCCAAUGUUUGAAAAACAUUUAAAUCAAACAAAAACAACUUAAGCUUUGAAGAGAAACCUUCAUUUGAAAUAAUUUCAUGAUUUUUUAUAUUUCAAAGAAUUUCUGAGUGAAUUUGCUUUGAUAUUUAUUUCUUGUAUACUACAACAUGUUCUUGAUUAAAUUUAAAAAAAAUUUAAAGCUGCAAGGCAAGUUUAGCAAAUCUUUGCAGAAAUAAUUUGACCAGUUUUGAAACCAAGGUUCAGAAAUAUAUUUAGUAAAAUUGGCCCCAACUUCAUGUUAUAAACACGACACAGUUUGAAUCACUGUUUCUUUUCUCAAUAACGGAGCAUAAGAAUCUACCAAAGGUAAAACAAUGGUAAAAAAUAAACUCUACCUUGUUUUGUUUAUGUUUUGACGACGACGCGAGUCGCAUUUUUGGCUAAUUUCUCAAACAGUUGCGCAAGAUACCACCUUAAACCUGCAUGGAGCUUAGGAAGACUAUUUUGAUGCCAAAUACCUUCUAAAAUCUUCCUGAAACUUCUUAUUUCCAGUUUGGAUAUUUGCGUGCUGCACCCGCUGCGCGAAAAAUAAACGCCAAAGCUAACCAAAGAUGGCGGGCAAAAAUUGUGCAGUUAAACUUGGCAAUCUAUUUCUAUUCACAACCCAAUAAUAUUGGUAUAACAAAACUAUUCACACUUAUUAAAAUUGAAAAUUACAAAUAAUUAUGCAAAUUUAAGCAACAUCAACCUGACAUUCUUGUAAAGUUUCGUUAGGAUUCUCGAAUCCAGUCACUGCCUGUGACUCAACUCGACAAGGCGACGGUGCGACUUGCGCCAUUUUCGUUUUGCUCUGACCAGUCACAUCUUCUAUGGAACCUUGAAACAACUGACAAAUUGAGCCUUCUUCGCCUAUCCUGUAUGAGACUUCAAAUGGAUCGAUCCAAACUGUAAGUUCUGUUGGCAGAGUUCGCGCUAAAUCUUGUUCUGUAACUCCACUUUCCCUUGCAGCUGUCAUGAUAACGGAAUCCAUAUGCCUGUUGGACAACCUCAGACAGCGAAAUGCUGAGCCUUUGUGUGGUCUUUGUGGAUGCCAAUGAUUCUUGUACUUUUCGCCGAGUAGAUUUUCAAGUAUUCUGCAGAAAUCGUCAAGAUUAUCAUGGGGAAUGCUGUCGUUUCGCCGAAGGAAAUCCCUAAAGAGUUUAAUGGCCUCCUUUACUUCGAUGAACGCCAUUGCCAACAAAAGGCGCAGUAUCUCUAAGGUAUAUCGUGUUUUGACAGUUAAACUAAUACUAUCGAAGCUCUACGUCGUUGCUGAGUUUGAGAACUGCUAUUCUAAGGUUUGACUCGGCUUUGGUGUUCAGUGACUGAUGCUUUGCCUUCACAAAUCAAAACAAAGCUCUUCGACAAGGUGAACUUUUCGAGACAGAUGGACAAAGGUUGCUAUGCCAAUAAUUGUCAUGGCUAUUAGGGAGUUUUGGUGAGGUGCCAAUUUUCUUCAUGAUCGAUAAGGUAUCAGCUUCCCCUCUUGUUUAUUCAAAGGAAACUGUUCUAUACAAAUAUAUGCCUACUUUCUGAUUUUGAUAAUAAAUUUACGCUACUGCCUAUAGCCCUUGACGUGAAUAAAUUAGUACGAAGGAAACAUCUUUUUGCAUUAACUGAAACUUGGUAUGCUUUUGAUUAUCACUUGUUUGAAAGUUUUUACCUAGCUUUUUCCUCAAUUUCGAUCUAUCUGCCCAAUGAAAGCAUAACAAAGCAAAAAGGCACCGUGCCGUGCGAAAAGGAUAUUGAUUUAUUGGAAUGCAUUGAGUAGAGCUAAAUUUACAAUAAAAUUCCCUUGCAGCCCUUGAAACAUGCACGGAAAUUUCUGAGUUCUUUAGCUUGAAAAACAAUAGUUUUUACAUCCUUAUAGGAAGCGAGGGGAAACCACUUCAUGAAAAUCUGCUGCACCUUUGGUAGAAAACCUACUUUUUCUGAAAGUUCCAUGAGAUCCUUUCGUUUGGUGAAAAUCUCUUACGUUUGAAAGAGUAAGCUGUCUCUCGGCUACCCUAGGUACCAGACUCAUUCUAUAUUUUAUCAUAUAAUGUUAGUCUGGUACCUAGGGUAUCCUUUGGCAGCAAGGGCAUUUCUAAAAGUUCACAGGAAGACAACAAGUCCCGAGAAGCCCUACAAAAAAGUGAGAAAGCAUAUCAGUUCAAAUUCUUUUUCAUCAUAAUCCUCUUCUUCUUACGAAAAAUUCGCAUUGCUUACAUAUCUUUCCGUAGCUUUUAAGAGGAAGGCUUACUCAAACUAUGUUGGCUUGUAAAUGUUUGUGAUGGUUUUAAUAUAGCUCUGCACAUUAUUUCUAAUAUAGCCCUUUCUAUAUAAAAAGCAAAAUGCAAAUUUGCCCCCCCCCCCAUGUCAAUGUCCUAACUACCCCCAUGUAUACUAGAGACUAUAUUGGAAUUAAUUAAUAAGACGGAGUCGAAAUAAUUCUUUUGGAUAAGGUUUUGUAUUUUGAAACGCAUUUAUUUUUCUGUUUCUCUGGGCUUCUCUGUUCUUGUUUCGUCUUUAUAAUAGCACGGGACACAAAAUCAAAAAUUUGAAUUCUUGUCUUUGAUUAUCGGGCGAAUUUUCACCUUGUAUCGUUCGAAAAUGAUUUAAGAAUAUUCUUAGGCUCAGAAUUUAAAAUAUUAACUAUACAAAUACUCAGCAAAAUUUUAGGUUUUCUUAUAAAUAAGUUUAAACACAACGCAUGUGUUUGCCAUCAUGGUUUGCCAAAAGUAUACUACCGGAGUGCUAUGACAUACAAUAUGUGCUCGUUUGUAUCUAUGUCCCCAAGCCAAUCACGGGCCGCCUUCACAAUUAUACUUUGGAGGAAUAUUAGCGUCUAUUUUCAAAAGCAAAAACCACAACAUUAUAGGAUGCGGUCAAAUGCUUUCUCCAGAAGUUUGUUUUGGUUUACAAAUAACUAUUCACAACGGAAAUUAGGCUUUCUGGUUGUUACACGCUUCAAAAUACAGAAACAUAAGUUUUUAGCAUCCUUUUUUGGAAUAUCUUUAUACAGAGUUUCAUUAUUAUGAAAAACAAGGCAAACUCUCUACACUGACCAUAUUUACUCCCAGUUGUUAUUUCCUAUUAUUGUCCAUACUUCAGACCAGUCAACUCUCGGAUACUCCGGGAGACCCAGGGUUUUGCUUGCUUUCUCCCGGUCAGUGCCGCGGAGAGGAUUUACAGGCCCCUGGUCAGGACGAAAAAAAUAAAUAGUAAGCAUUCCUUUGGCAGAUGCUUCCAGGGGUAGGGGGAAUGCUUCUCAGGAAUUUUUGAAAAAAUGGUUGCUGAAAUCGCUAUGGUAUCUUAACUGCUCUAGUGGCAGUGGCGUAGAUAGAUGGAGGUCAGAGGGGGCAAACCCCCUGUAGAGCUAAACUGCUAUUUUGUUGGAAAACUUCUGGUCUUGGCAGAAAUUUAACACGAUUGUUUAUGUUUAUCUCAUUUUUAUGUUUUGAAAGGAAUUGAUUUUAAGCUAAUGAAACGCAAGAGCAUCUGAAUAUAUCAAAAGAUUUAUUCAUUUCAGUUCCGAUGUCGUAAUGUUAUGUUAAAAUUUAUGAAAAAAUGUAAAUGCUUGUUAGAUUUUUGCCAGAAAAUUUAAGUUUCUCACACUUCCUAUGAAUUUUCCUAUCUAGGCCAUUGUCUAGUGGCUAUUGCUUCUAUUUGCUAAUUCAUAUAAUUUUAGCAUAACUGAUAUCUUAACACUCUAAUGAAUGAAAAUUAAUUUUUUUAGAAGUUUUAAAAGUCUGAUAAAAUGGAAAACGUUUAUUUUCUUAACCAAAUUCGAAUUUCUUAACUAAUUCACUAUUGCAAAUAAAUACACAUGCCAUAGUGUAAAUCUGUAUGAUAUUCAUAUUGUUUUAUCUUGCCCUGUUGCAAUCACAUUUUUGGUAACAUUCAGAAGCUUUUCAACUCAUUUAGCCCAAGCCCGCAAAGAUGAGAAAUUCUUAACAAAAUUAUCUUUAACAUCCAGGCAGUCAAAGACUCAAAUUGCUUCUACCUUACUUCAUUCAUAGACUUUAGUCAUUAUUGUCUCUAUUGAUGACAGUUUGUGUUAAUAUAGAGGCUGGAUUAUUACUUAGAAUUUUUUUAAAUGAGUUAUUAUCUAUGGGUCCCUAUAGCCAAGGGCCUCCGGUUAAGUGACCCCCCUCUCCUCAGCACUGCUCCCGGUCUCCCGAUCUUUUAAGAUUUUCUCACUGUUUCUUCCGUAUCUUUUGGCAGAGGUAUUCUUAUAACAAAAUGAUUGCAAUGGCGUUCUUCAUGACAACAUGCAGCCAAACUUUGAUUCAAUCUAAGAACCUCUGCCCAACUCCGUAAAAAAUAGCCAAGCCCCCCAAAACAUCUCUCUAAAUUUUAACAUAAGGGGCUGAGCGUAUAAGGUAUUUUACUGGUUUCAUUGCAGUAAAAGGUAGAACGAGAGGGAGAGGCAAAGAAUAACGCACUCUUACGUAAUCAUGUUUUAUGAAUCAACUCUCGAUCAAAUCUCUAUUGUCAAUAUAUAUAGCUAAAUGUCAUGUGACUAUUUAAUAACGGCGCAUGCGUGACAUGUGAUAGGAGAGUGAAUCUGUUACAGGCGGUUGGGGGUGACAAAUCUCAGCACUACCGGGAUUGUAGACCCACAAUUGAAUCAACCACGAUUUUGUCAGCAGUUUUGGGGGUGAGAGAUUGCCAUUUCCGUUAUUCCUUUGGCUUCCGGAAGGGAUUGUAGCUACGUAAAUGAUUAAUUUCGAAGGUUGUAUUUGAAUGAGCUUGAAUAAUUAAUUUCAAAAAAUGAACUUGUUUAUAUCUCUAAACAUGACAAAGAAUUACAGCGUUGCCUCUGAAUGAGGAAAUUACCAUGCAUUACAUAAGUAUGAAAUCAGAAAAAUCAGUAUUCCUUACGAG